AUGGCACCCCCGCGCCAGCGCACUACAGCUAUCGUGGACGACUCGAGGUCUGAAGCCUCGAGCGGCACGAGAGAAUAUCAAAAAGCUACCAAGUCCCGCAGACCAGCUGCCGCAAAAGAGAAAGCCUCGGUCACCAGCGCUCCCGUCGUGGACCACCAACACGCCGAGGAACAGCCCCGACUCCCCUGGACAGACAUCCCCCUCGAUAUCCUCCACUCCUACCGCCACGUUCACAAACUCCCCACGCCCUCCGCCUUUUCGAGCGACUACUCUCGCAUGAUCCUCUCGCAAGGCGUCGGUCUUCGCUCGCCAACCUCCCUCGCCGCCCGCCGCGCUCAAUCCACCUCAUCCCAGAACCACUCCAACUCCUACCGAACCCACACCUCGUCGGACUCCCUCUCUGACUCAAACUCAACGCUGCGCCACACCGUCGGCCAGGACCGCGUGAGCAAAGACCAGUUUGCGCUUGUUGUCCGGAAGCAUUUUAACAGUGCUGGUCUCUCAGAGCAGGAAACCAUUGCGCGGUUUUUGUAUACUGUGCGUGAGGACAGGAGAGGGAGGCAGUUUCGAUUGCGGUUUCAGCCCUGA